AUGGCAAAAAUCAAGGCUAUCAAGUCCAUGAUCACCGGGGAAGAAGGCGAGUCCCAAAAACCAGAGGCAACCGGGGGGACAUCCUCCACACCCGCCGGGCAACAAGAAGGGGCAGUACUGGCACUUGCCAGCGAGCAACCGGCUGGUCGGUCCAAGAAGUGGCCGAGAAAGGAGCAAACCGGGCCACGUCUGGCAGAUAAAGACUCUACCGAUCGCGUCUCCAUUGAGCUCGGGGACCAGACCGAGCAACCACAGACCGGCAAAUCCAAGGGCCCAGCCACCCCCCCAGCCGCGCAAAAGAACUAUUUGGCCCAUGACCGAAUGAUCAAAGUGCGGCAGAGCUUUCGGGAUGCCAUUGCCAAAAACAAGGUUCAAAAGGUCGAGAUAGAGAAACUCAAGGCCGCGCAAGAUGUAGUUGCGGCCGAGGGAGAUGAACUGCGCCUGAAGGUUGACCGAGCUGAAGCGGACAAACAAAGGGCCAUGAAGUCAAAUAAAGCCCGGUACCUCGCAGAGCUGCGUAAGCUGCGCGAUGCCCACAAAGAAGAAAAGGACAAAGCUGUGGAUGACGUCGAGGACCGGGGAUACGCUCAGGGGGAGAAAACUUAUGAGCGGCAGGUCCAAGCGACCAAGGACAUCUUUUUCCAGUGCGGCUGGAAAGCUGCCGUGGAGAAAGCCACUCAAAACCGGCUUAUCGCAGAGGCACGGAAAGAAGCCGAGGAAGAAGCUGCCGCCGCACAGCAAACCGAGCAAACUUCUCCUGCAGUAUCUCAAGAUGCCGACGAUGAAGAAGUUAUUGACCGGGAGGUUGUCACGGUGGAGGGUGCUGACAAUGAGGCCGAAGAAAACCUGCCCGAGCGCAAUGUGGAGGAGGCCGAGCAAACUGUGCAAGUCGCCGAACAGACAGCUGAACUAGAAUUAGAUUGA